UUUUUUCUGAAGCAAGAUGACAUGGAAAAUAAGCAAUUCUCUCGCCGGGACUCGAACCUGGACCUUAUGCUGGAAGGUAUGCAGUCAGAGGAGAAGUCGUGUGAUCUUGAGAAGGCACCUGGUUCAUCGAAAUCAAAGAAGCCAAGAUGGCGAGUUCCUCAAGAUGAGUGAUGGAGAAAUAGACAUCCGUUUGCUUGCUCUGAAGAGACAGCAGAAGAGGAAAAAAGGACAAUCGAACGGCUUAGAGCAUCAAGUUUUGGAGCCUGCAGUCAAUUCGUAUGGGAGGGUGAGGUCAGGACUCUCGGCUUAUGAGACAACACCUCUCAAGACAUACAACCCACCCAGCUCUCCUGCUAACGACAGAAAGCAUUCAGGAAACCUACUUUUCGACGAAGAAACCAGAAUUGGAAGGAUGCACGUGCCACCUGUUGUCCAGUGCGAAUGUAACGGACUCGAAACCUAUGCGUUGAUAAGCACGUCUGAUCCAGUUUCAACUAUUUCAAUAGAUUUGGUGCGGAAACUCAGACUUCUGGAUCAGGUUAUUCCAGAGCCUAUGAACGCACAUGGCCUCUUCUCUUUACAUGGCUUGGACGUGAAAGGAAGGGUGAAGUACAUCGAUCUCACUUUAGGAUCUUGGCAACAAGUUGCUCAAUUCAAUAUCGUGGAACAUUACAUCUGUGAUGUCACUUUGGGGACAGAUUUCCUUCGAAAGACACAGUCUUUAAAUGAUCGGUUAUCGUUUAGCCUUCGCAGUCAUGACCGUAGCACGAAAACGCGUCGUGUUGUCUUAACCGCUGGAUUUACUUGA